CGCAGUGUUAUUAUAGCGGCCGCACGUGGCCGCAAGUUACACAAAAAGGUUAUGGUGUUCCAACAAGUAAACUCUGCACAAACAUUCUAUUAAAACUUAAUACUUAGCAAAAAUGUCUACAGAAAAGACUCCAUUGUUUCGUGAUCUAAACGCGGAAGAUCCGGAACCAGAAGUAACAGAAAUCGAAUCAUUAUGCAUGAAUUGUCAUGCAGAUGGUAUUACAAGACUGUUACUUACAAAAAUACCGCACUAUAAAGAAGUAGUGGUAAUGUCUUUUAGUUGUAAUGAAUGUGGAUAUCAGAACAAUGAACUACAAUCAGGGGGACAAGUGUCAGCCAGGGGCAUUAAGCUAACUCUGACUGUUGAGGAAGCAAAUGAUCUUAACAGGCAAGUUGUUAGAUCAGACUACACCAGUGUAAAAAUAGUUGAACUGGACUUUGAGAUUCCAUCAAAGAGUCAAAAAGGAGAUGUGACUACUGUUGAGGGGGUCAUAGAUAGGGCUAUUGCUGGAUUAGAACAGGACCAGGUACAAAGAAGGAUUGAUCACCCUGAGGUUGCUAAGCAACUUGAUGACUUUAUUGAGAAAUUGAGGCAGUUGAAGAGGAUUGAUAAACCAUUUACUUUGGUUUUAGAAGAUAUAUCUGGCAAUACCCAUAUUGAAAAUCCAAAUGCGCCACAUAUUGAUCCAAACUGUAGAAUUGUUUACUUUAAUAGAACAAAAGAAAACGAUCAUGAUUUAGGACUGUUUUCUCAUGAUGAAAUUAAUGGUAAACAAGAUGGUUUGUUGCAUCCUAUUGCUGAGGAUGAAUAUCCUCUUGAGGACUUUGAGGCUGGUGAUGUAAUGCAAUUUAAAACAAACUGCAAUAAUUGUGGGUCACCAUGUGAUACAAAUAUGAAACUCACAAGCAUUCCACAUUUUAAAGAAGUUGUUAUAAUGGCGACAGUUUGUGACUAUUGCGGUCAUCGUACCAAUGAAGUGAAAUCAAGCGGUGGUAUUGAAGAAACUGGUCUUAAAGUAGAAAUUAUAAUUAAAGAAAAAAUAGAUUUAUCACGGGACGUUCUUAAAUCUGAAACUUGUUCGUUAAGUAUACCCGAGCUUGAAUUCGAAGUCGGUUCUUACGCGCUCGGUGGACGUUUCACAACGGUUGAAGGUAUCAUAAUGGCUGUGAAAGAACAACUUGGUGAUCCACAACGUUCGCACAUGUUGGGCGACUCGACUGAUCGUGAUAAAGCUGAAAAACUUGAAUGUUUUCUAAAAAAAAUUGAUGAAAUCAUUGAAUGCAAACGACAAGUCACUUUAAUUUUGGACGAUCCAGCGGGAAACAGCUAUAUUCAAAGCUUAGGAGAUGAUGAUGCACCUGACGAUAGAUUGAAAAUCACCAGAUACGAACGCAAUUUUGAACAGAACGAAGAGCUCGGUUUGAACGAUAUGAAAGUUGAAAACUACUCCGAAGAUUAAAAUGUUGUAUAUUAUAUCAUAAACUGUAAGUUGUUAAUCAUUUUCUUCACGCAGCACUGGAUCACCAUCUAAUUUCUUCAAAAGUGGUAGACGUUUUGAUGCCUCUACUUUAAAUGUGCUUUCAUCCAUAUUGUCGGCCAAUGGAUUGCCUACAAUAACAAUUGAUACGUUCAAAAUAAUUCAAUCAAUAAGUAAGCAUAAAUAAAACCUAUAAAAACGAGAUCUUCUAAUGAAUGAAGUUCUUGUAAUUUGUUAAAUUCA